UGUCAAAGACAAGGCCUAGUACCUAGAAAUCAAUAGAUCUACUUAUUUUUCUACAUUGUUCUCCUGUUUGUGAACAACAAUUCCAUUAUCCUGCUAGAAGCAUCCUAUUUAACUCCUGGAAAUCCAAGGAAAUAGGAAUUUAGGAGUUGCCCAAAUAGUAGACGAAAAGUUUCACUCGAACCUCAUACCGUAAUUCCAGAGUGAAAUAGCCCGUCUUUCAAUCAUCAACUACUAAGUACCUACCUACCUAAAAUUAAGCAAAACCACCUAACCAUGUGCAGCGGAAACCAAACAGAAAUGGCCUGCGGCCACGUCCUAACGCACUACACGUCGCGCUGCGAGAAAGGCCCAUGUGCAGAGCCCAAAUCCGACAGCCCACGCCAACACCUCGCAGACUCGUGUGCGGAGUGCGACUCGGAGUUCAAGAAAAGCCAGCUAAGCCGAGAGCAGAAGAACCGGCACGAAGAGCUAGUCGCGCAGCUGAUAGCAGACAAGCGAGUGAACGGGUCCAAGGAAGCCCGAAGACUGCUCAACUGCAUGCAGAAGCUAAGCUACACGAUGAACCGAGAGAUCGGCGAGGUAAGGACCACGGGUUUCUCCGCGGACGUCCAGUUCCCGGGUAGUGGUAACCACAGAGUGGCGCCGACGAUCACGAGUAAGUGGGUGAACGGUAAGUGUGUGUGGGGAGAGGAAGAGGGGUUGCAUAGGUCGGGAAGCAGCCGCAUCAAGAAGAUUACUCCCGCCACGUCUACUACGGCGGCUGAGGUCGAGGUCCCGGCCGAACCCCUGACCACGGCUCUUCCGCGGUUGCGUAGGACUAAGAAAGAGUAUUUCAACCGGCUCCCCGAAGAAAAGGAGCAGCCUGUGAGCACCGCCCCCCCUCGACUGCGCACUAACAAGCCGUAUACCGGCCCACGGGAGAGUGUAGUCGUUUUCGGUGAGGUUUUAGAAAACAGUCAAGAAGUACGACCCAAGCCUUAUCUUCGGCGGACAAAGAAAGUCACUGACGGGCUCAAUCGCAGCAACUUUUCAGACUCGGGAUCCGAUGUCACCGUAAAGUACAUAGGGGAGGAACGGGAUAGCCGGGCCUCUCCGACUGAGCCGAAUGCACGCGCUGCUGCGCUAGAUGAUGACGACUUGUAUGAAGACAUAUGGUUGAAGUUAGCCGAGAAACCCUUUCGUACCUAGUUUUCAAGACCGGAUAUUGUCGGCAUAGUUUGAUAGAGUGACAGAAUACAUAAUCUCCUCAUAGCCAUGUAAAUUUACUUUUUUAAUGCAAUGUGUACCAACCUUGGAAUUUCC